AUGUUCCGAGGACUUGUUGGCCGUGCUGCUGCCCUUCUGGGUGUCGCCGCUGUGGCUUCGGCCGCGACAACCAUUGUGGUCAAGGGGACAUCGAGUCAUCCUAUUCCUCCUCUGCUUUAUGGACAGAUGUUUGAGGAUAUCAACAGCGGUGAUGGUGGUUUGUACGCCGAGUUGCUUCAGAACCGUGCUUUCCAAGCAGUCAAGCCUGGUAAGACACUUGUGCUUGUUGACCGCGACUGGAAUGCGUUGCAGGCAUGGGCUCCCGUUAAUGGAGGAAAUAUCUCUGUCGUUGCCGACUCUGUCCCAGUGUCCGCUGCGCUGCCGAACGCUCUCCAACUGAACAUCCCAGGGGGCGCGUCCGGUACAAUUGGUUUUGCGAACCAAGGCUACUGGGGUAUCAAUGUGAACUCCUCGUGGACGUACAACGCCUCCUUCUACUACCGGUUCCCUACGGCGUCUGGAUUCAACGGUAGCGCUACUAUCGCCCUUCAAGGCACGGACGGCCAGGUCCACGCAUCCACGCAGAUUCCAAUCAGCGGCUCCCAGACGAAGUGGGCGCAGGUUACCGCACAACUUACGCCCAGCUCGACGCCCUCGAACAUCAACAACACCUUCACUGUCACGUUUGACUCUGCUGCAGGCAGCACGAUCAACUUUGCUAUGUUCUCGCUCUUCCCACCCACGUUCAAGGAUAAGCCGAAUGGUAUGAGGGCUGAUCUCUCGGAGCUGUUGCUCUCCAUGAAGCCCUCAUUCUUCCGCCUUCCCGGAGGCAACAAUCUGGAAGGUCAAAGUGCUGCCACUAGGUGGAUCUGGAACAACACCGUCGGGGAUCUUGUUGACAGACCAGGACGUAUGGGUAACUGGGGCUACACUAACACCGACGGUCUGGGCCUCUUGGAAUACCUGACUUGGUGCGAGGAUAUGGAUAUGCAAGCGAUUAUGGCUGUCUGGGCUGGUUACUCACUUGGCGACAACUCAUCCGUUCCCGAGGCCCAGCUUCAGCCAUACAUUCAGCAGGCCAUUGACCAGAUCAACUUCGCAAUCGGUGACCCGUCCAAGAGCUCAGCAGCUGGCCUUCGUGCUUCUCUUGGGCAUCCGGACCCGUUCCUCUUAACAUAUGUGGAAGUUGGAAACGAGGAUAUGAAUGCCCCGGAUUCGUACCACUACCGUUGGCAUGACUUCGUGACAGCCCUCAGCUCUGCAUUCCCGCAACUCAACUGGUUUGCUCAGAACUCGUUCUCCUAUGACAACACUCCGCGUAAUGGCGUAACUUACUUCCAAGGAGAGUAUGCCGUGACCGCCACCAACGCAAGUGCCGUGUUCGGUUCUACCGACGAUGGACGCCUGACAUGGCCAAUUGUUCAAGGCAGCAUUGGUGAGGCUGUGUUCCUGACCGGGUUUGAGCGAAAUGCGGAUAUUACGCCUAACUUGGUCGGAUUCGAUGCUGGUGCUGUCUAUCCGUCAACAAGCUUCUACGUCCAGCAGCUCUUUAGUCGUAACAAAGGCACCGACUACUUACCUAGUACGCUGCCCACCGCAAAUGGCACCCUCUUCUGGAGCGUGACAAGCGACAAAUAUGCCAAGGCGAUCAACAUAAAGGUCGUCAACUAUGCAGGCGGCACCGAGGACAUAAACUUCCAGCUUUCGACGGCCGUUGGGACAUCUGGGCAGGUCACAGUACUAACUGGUGACCCAAAGGCGAGCAACACACCGGCGAACCCGACCACCGUUGUGCCUACGUCGAAGGGUAUCACCGUCGGACAGACCUUUUCAUAUACCGCGCCGGCAUGGAGCCUUAGCGUAAUCAACAUUCCUAUGUCCUGAGCAUGGUGCUCGGCUUGCUCUGGAAAAUGAUGCGGAGCAUCUAUGGAGGUAAAUGUAUUGUAUUGUAUACUGU